AUGUUCAUUGCCAAUAAGAAAGUACAUGGUUGUAAGCUUGGAGCCAAAUGGAUGAUAUUGACCAAAGGGCAACAAAAACAAACCUAUCAUCACUAUUACUCAUAUUUUAAUAUGGUCAAUCAGGGUACUGAAGCAAGUAUGCAAAAUGCAGCAUCUGCUCCAAUUGCAGAAACUGUUUCUCACUUGGUAGUUGGUGGUGGCUCUGGGUUUUUGGGCAAACAAUUGUUAAAGCAAGUGAUUACUCCAACUGAUAAGGUGCCCUACUCGGAAAAGUUAAUGAACAUUUCUCAAGUGACUGUCAUUUCGAGAAAUCCAGAAGAAACAAGGAAAUUACUUGAAAAGGAGUUACCACAAAGUAAAUGGGAAAGAAAGAAUUCCAUUCAGAUAAGUGUUAAAAAUUGGAAGGAAAAUGAGAGUACAUUCCUCUUUAAUCAUCAAGUUUGUGAAGAAAAGGAUACAUUUGGAAAUGAUAAAAAGGUUGCAGCAAUUAAUUUGAGUGGUGUAUCAAUUGGAAAACAAAGUUGGACUCCAAAAUUCAAACAGGAAAUCUUAGAUUCAAGAACUGCCACAACAAUUGAUUUGAUUAAUUAUUUGAAUUCAUUCGGAGAUAGUGCCAGUACAUUUAUUGGCACAUCAGCUGUUGGAUUCUAUCCUUGCACUUCAGAUCCAAAUGCUGAAACACCAAUUUAUACUGAAUAUAAUUGCCCAUCACCAGCUAAUAACCCUCUUGGUGAAGUGACAGGUGCAGUUGAAAAUGCCAUCUGCAAUACACAAGCAGACAAUAUCAAACAAAGAAUAAUAAUGAGACCAGGAGCCAUAGUAGGAAAAGGAGGUGGUGUUCUCAAAGAAAUGACAAUACCUUACCUUGGAAUUGCUGUUCCAAUAGUUUUUGGAAAUGGUUUACAACCAUUCAGUUGUAUACAUCUUGUUGAUGCUGCUAACAUGUACAUUCACGCUUUAUAUACUAAUUUUAAUAAUUAUUACUCACAAAAAUCGAGUGAAAAAGUAAUCAUUUACAAUACUGUCAUGCCAGACAUGAUCACAUUCCAACAAUUUUCAGCUAGAUUGAAUCUCAAGACAAAUAUAAUACCCUUCCCAAUGAUUCCAUUCCCUUACUCACUAGUAUCUAAAUUAUUCGGCAAUGAAAGAUCUCAAUUAUUAUGUGAAGGUCAAUACGUCCUUCCAACAAGGUCGAUACAAGAAAAUUUCCAAUUCCAAUAUCCAACCCUACAUUCAAUGAUUGAUGAAGUUACAACAUUCAAUCCUAAUAUGUAAAUACAUCUUCCUCACAAUAUUUAU